AUGCCGAACCGCCCGGUAGCCGCUGAGCAGCCCAGCAGCAGCCGAGCCGCCCAGCAGCAGCCGGGCCGCCCUGGAGCCGCCGAGCCGCCGGGCACCCUUCCUAGAGCAGCCGAGCCGCCCAGGAGCAGCCGAGCCGCCCAGGAGCUGCCGAGCCGCCCAGCGACCGCCGAGCCGCCCGACCUGCCCUGCCCGGGUCGAGCCAUUGACUUUGAGGUCUGGCUCGACGACCUGCAGCUGUUUUUACAGUGCGAUAGGGCGGACGGUCUGUCUCUCUUUGACCUCACCUCUGGCGCCGUCCCUGCCCCUGCUGCUGAUGCUGACGCCACUGUUCGCUCUCAGUGGGCCACGCGCGAUGCUGCUGCACGUCUUGCUGUGCGUCGCCACCUGCCUACCGCUGAGCGCGCGCACUUAAGCCAGUACAAGAGUGCCCAGACCUUGUACGACGCUGUAGUUGCGCACUACUCCUCCCCUGCCACUACUGCACUAAGCCGCCUCAUGCUCCCCUUCCUCUUCCCUGACAUUGCCGCCUUUCCCACUGUCGCUGAUCUCAUCACGCACCUCCGCACUAGUGACACUCGCUACCGCGCUGCGCUUCUUGCUGACUUCUGCGCCAAGAACCCCCCCCCCCCAUUCGACAGCCUCGAGAAGGCCCUCCUUGCAGCAGAGAAGAGCAUAGUCGCUGUAGGAGCCUCUCGAGGUGACCCUCGCGCCCCCAUCUUUGAGGGGUCUUCUCCUUCCCCUCUCCUGCCCUCUGUCGCCUCUGCCGCUGCGGCCGACCUCGUUGGUCUUGAGUCGGUCGGUGCGGCGUCUGCCCCUAGCGGGAGACGCCGCUCUGGCAAGGGCAAGGGGGGCAAGGGAGCGGGUGGGGCCAAUGGGGGCGGUGGAGGUGGAGGUGGAGGCGGCGGAGGGAGUGGGGGUGGCGGUGGAGGUGGUAGCGGGGGUGGGGGUGCUAGUGGCGGCAGUGGAGGCGGGGGUGGCGGCGGCGGUGGCGGUGGUAGCGGAGGUGGCGGCGGUGGAGGCGGAGGCGGGGGUGGCGGCCCGGGGGUGGCGGCGGUGGAGGCGGAGGUGGAGGCGGGGGCGGUGGAGGCGGAGGCGGGGGUGGCGGAGGUGGAGGUGGUCGGAGUGGAGCUUCGCAGGGGAGCGGCACUGGGGGCGGUCAGCGCCAGCAGCAGCAGCAGCAGCAGCGUUCUCGCGACGUCCCCACCCCUCAGCAGCUCCUGUGGGGGUACCCACUCCGCCCAGCGCUGCUUUGGCCGCCUGACGGACGCUUGGCGCCAGCAGUUCCCGGAGGCCGCGGAGAUCCCCCGCGGGGGAGAGCUGUCUAGGGCUGGUGUUGCUAUCUUUGAUCUUGAUUUUGAUGCUAUCCUUGCUGCCAUGUAUGUUGUGACCAUUAGUGAUGAGGGUGACUGUUACCGGUGUUUCCCGCCCGACCCGGGCAUUGGUACUGCUGCUCUAGUUGCCAGUGCGUCUGUGCUCUCAGGUGCUGGUGAGGCUGCUCUCUUAGGUACUAGUGCGUCUGCGCUCUCAGGUACUGCGUCGGCUUCGGCCUCCCACACCUUCACCCUUGACUCUGGAGCGUCUCGCUCUUUCUUUCGGGACCGCACCACACUCACGCCGCUUAGUCGACCGGUCGCGGUUUCCCUGGCUGACCCCUCUGGGGGUCCUGUCCUGUCUCGCUUCUCCACAGUCCUCCCGUGUCCGGCGGCUCCCUCUAGCACCCUGUCUGGUCUCUACCUCCCCUCGUUCUCUACGAACUUGGUGAGUGGUGCUGACCUACAGGAUGCGGGAGUCCACCAGUUUACCCCUGCUCGUCAGCGGGUGACGCACUGCACAGAGGCUAGCACGGGUCGUCACCUGGCUACGUUUACACGUCAGCCAGGGUCGAGCCUGUACACACUGACCACUGCUUCUCCUCCAGUUCCUGAGUCUGGUAGGGUCCCUUCAUCAGGUCAGGUGUUUGCUGCAGCGUCCAGGUCUGGCCCUGAGUCUGCCCCCUGUUCGUGUCGUCUUUUGUCUCACGAGACUCUCCUCUGGCACCACCGCCUUGGUCACCCCUCUCUGCUUCGGCUCAAAGGCAUGGCCUCCUGUCUCCUUGUGUCUGGUCUUUCCCGGUCUCUCCCUCCCCUUCCUCAGGGCCCUGGCCCUACCUGUGUCCCCUGUGUCGAGGGGCGCCAGCGUGCUGCCCCUCACUCCUCCCAGUUUCCUCCGACAGAGGCUCCGUUGCAGACGCUUCACAUGGACGUGUGGGGCCCUGCCCGCGUCCGUGGACUCGGUCACGAGCGCUACUUCCUGUUGGUGGUUGACGACUACUCGCGUUACACCACAGUCUUCCCCUUGCGCAGCAAGGGUGAUGUCACUGAGGUGCUGAUCGACUGGAUCCGCGCAGCUCGUCUCCACCUCAGGCAGAGCUUUGGCUUGGACUUUCUUGUGUUGUGUCCGCACUCGGACAGAGGCGGAGAGUUCUCCUCUGGCCUUCUGCGUGCCUUCUGUCGUGCGCGAGGCAUCCGCCAGACCUUCACGCUUCCGGACUCACCGCAGCAAAAUGGGAUUGCAGAGCGCCGCAUUGGCAUGGACAUGGACGUCGCUCGUACGUCUAUGAUGCAUGCGGCUGCCCCCCAUUUUCUGUGGCCGUUUGCGGUCAGGUACGCGGCGCAUCAGAUCAACCUCCACCCCAGGGUCUCCAGGCUGGAGACCUCCCCAGCCCUGCUGUGGACGGGGAAGGUUGGCGAUGCGUCGGCGUUCCGGGUCUGGGGAUCUCGGGCGUUUGUCCGCGACUUGUCUGCGGACAAGCUGUCCCCUCGCGCUACUCCCUGCGUCUUCCAGGGGUUCCCCCCCGACGCCCCUGGGUGGCAGUUCUACCACCCCACCUCUCGACGUGUUCUGUCCUCCCAGGACGUCACGUUCGACGAGUCGGUACCCAACUACCGCCUCUUCCCCUACGGCACUCCGUCCCUUCCCCCGCCCCCGCUCUUCUUGGUACCAGGUCCCCCCCAAGUAGACCCCCUCCCCCCUCAGGGUCCUGCCCCUUCAGGUGUGUCCCAGGUAGACGCGGUCGAGCCUGUCGAGGUCACUGGUGACUGUGGUGCUGCUGCGGAAGCUGAGCCUGGGGGUGCUGGGACUGGAGGUGCUACGCUUGGGGGUACUGAGCCUGGGGGUGCUGAGUCUGGAGGUGCUGAGCCUGGGGGUGCUGAGCCUGGGGGUGCUGAGCCUGGGGGUACUGAGUCUGGGGGUGCCGAGCCUGGGGGUGCUGUGCCUGGGGUUACUGAGCCUGGGGGUGCUGAGACUGGGGGUGCUCCGCCUGGAGGUGCUUUGCCUGAGGGCGCUGUGCCAGGAGGUUCUCCGCCUGGAGGUGCUUCGUCUCGCCGGGAGCCACUCUCCCCACAGGAGCUACGUGAGUGGUUUGCCCGGCGCUGGAGGCGUGCUGCUGGUGCUGGAGGUUCUUCGGCUGCAGAGGGUGCUGCUGCCGCGCGUCCCGGAGGUGCUCGUGCUGUGGGUGCUGGAGCUGCUGGGCCUGAGGGUCCUCCUGGAGCUGGUGCUGCUGAGGGUGUUGGCGCUGAGGCUACGGGUGGCGGUCCGACUGACAGUGCUGCUGGGGGUUCUGGAGCUACUGGAGGUGCUGCUGGAGGUGCUGCUGGAGCGGGUACUCCUACUGGGGGUACUGGUGCUGUCCCUGCUGUCUCUGGCGUCGCCACGCGGCCCCGACCGUACUUCGUUCCGCUCCUGCAGCAGGUUCUUGGUCUUCCACCUUCUCCUGAUCCUCCUCCUCCUCCCUUAGAGGGUCCACAGCCUGUCCAGUCCCAGUCACAGCUACAGCCUGCCUCCCCUUUGCCUGCUCCUUCUCCCUACGCUGGUCCGACUGGAGGUCUUACUGAGCGUCGUGAGCCUGCGUCUCGUCCUGCGUCGCCUGUUCGUCCUGCACGCACUAGUGGCCGUGGUUCUCGUCAGCGUCCUCCUCCUGUCCCUCGCACGCACCGGAUGUCUCUGCGUCCGUCCACUGCUCCUCUGCGUGCCCCUUUGCCUUCUUCUCCUGCUUCCUCUCUUCCUGCUCUUGCCGACCCGGAGUCGGACUCUCUUCGUGCUGCCAGUCCUACUGUCACGCGUCUCCUUGCUACUGCUGUCACUGACCCUUCUUUCGAGUCUUCUGCUGCGUCUGCCCUUGUCACUGAGCUCGUCGACUUUGCUGCGCACUGUCGUCUAGACUACGCUGCUAGUCUUGUCGCCGAGUCUGAGUCUGCCUGUCCUCCGUCCGUCGGGGGUGAGUGUGCCCUUGGCACGGACGUCCUUGAGGACAGGCAGGAGGAGUUCCAGUGUCUGGCCGCCGCUUCACCUCAUCUCGCGUCUGUACUGCUAGCCCCUGAGGGAGACCCGGAUGCACUAGACAUCCCGACUCCGCGCUCUUACGCGGAGGCGAUAGAGGGUCCCUACUCCUCUCAGUGGCAGGCAGCUAUGGAUGCAGAGACGGCUUCCUGGAAGUCCACAGGCACCUACGUUGACGCUGUUCCCCCUCCUGGGGCGAACAUCGUCAGUGGCAUGUGGAUCUUCAGGAUGACCACUCUUCGGGUACUGCUGCACGUUGCUGCUCACCGUGACUACGAGCUGCACUCUCUCGACUUCAGCACCGCUUUCUUGCAGGGCAGCCUGCACGAGGAGAUCUGGCUGCGUCGCCCACCUGGCUUCACUGGGUCUUUCCUUCCUGGUACCCAGUGGAGUCUCCGGCGUCCAGUCUACGGUCUCCGCCAGGCGCCACGUGAGUGGCACGACACACUGAGGACUACGCUGGCGGCACUUGGGUUUGCUCCUUCUACUGCCGACCCGUCGCUGUUUCUGCGCACCGACACCUCUCUGCCGCCGUUCUACAUCCUCGUGUACGUCGACGACUUGGUCUUUGCCACAGCUGACACUGCUGGACUCGCCUACGUGAAGUCUGAGCUGCAGAAGAGACACAUGUGCACUUACCUGGGUGAACUGCGCAGCUACCUUGGCUUGCAGAUCACCCGGGACAGAGCACGCCGCACCAUUACCCUGACUCAGUCACACAUGGUGCAGCAGGUCCUUCAGCGCUUCGGCUUCACGUACUCCUCGCCUCAGGCCACUCCUCUGCCUACUCGCCACUCGCUCUCAGCUCUGCCUUCGGAUGAGUCCGUAGAGUCGAGUGGCCCGUAUGCAGAGCUUGUUGGCUGCCUCAUGUACCUGAUGACCUGCACACGACCUGACCUUGCAUACCCUCUUAGCAUUCUCGCACGCUAUGUUGCUCCUGGGAGACACCGACCAGAGCACAUGGCUGCAGCGAAGAGGGUGUUGCGCUACUUGUGCAGUACGUCGGGCAUGGGGCUAGUGCUUGGAGGGCGCAGUCCAGUGGUCCUCACUGGGCACGCGGACGCUUCUUGGGCUGACGACCAGGCUACGUAG